GUCAUUUCAGAGACAGAAAGAAAAAAGUUUUUCUCAAGUUGAAUUGUAUGCUAAUAUAGUUGAAAAAGCCUUGGAACACUGGAAAAUGGCGCUGUCUGUAAAGCAUAUCUCAAGCACCACAUUAUUAGUUCCUCGGCAUUGUGAGGAAGCCGUUUAUUACACACAUCCCACAUAUAAUGUGAAAUACUGCCUACACAACUGUAAACGAGCAUUAAUGUGUCACUAUAUGGAGAUACCAAGCGAAUAUUUAUCAGAAUGUUAUCAAGCUUCACCUUACGGAACGCUUAGUCAGAUUUAUCAAAAUGGAACAGGUGUACCACCGAACAGCUACGUUUUAUUUGUUACAUAUAUUCAAGAUAAUCUGUGUGCAGGAAAUCUUUUUGCUUAUGCGACAUCUUGUCAAAAUGAUCCUCUUACGGAUAGACCUGUGAUGGGCUACUUGAACAUGUGUCCCGAUAUGUUCUCUAAGAGAGUAGUGAAUCCAAGUGAAUGGAUAAAUAUAAUUAAACAUGAAGUUGGCCAUGCAUUGGGAGUAUCAAGUUAUCAUUAUGCACUAAUGCGUGAUGAACGCGGAUAUCCUCGAACAGAAAGGGAUCCCCAAACCAAUCUGCCUAGACAUAGAGAUACGAACAACAAUUACUUGGCGAGUACAAACACAAUUCAGAAAAUUCAACGAAACUGGAUGUCAGCCGUUACAAACGUUCCUAGGAUGGUCAAUUCUUUAGUAACCCCUUCUGUACUGAGUGCAGCUCGCAAGCAUUUUAAUUGUAAAACACUGGACGGUGUCGAUUUGGAAAAUGAAGGCUCUUCAGCCAGUGCUGGAUCACAUUUUGAGGCUAGGAUUUAUGGUGAUGAACUUAUGGUUGCUGAAUUACAAAAGAAGUCACUGAUCACACCAAUCCUACUGGCAUACAUGAAUGAUACUGGUUGGUACAACGUCAAUUUUAGAGUGGCUGAAAAGUGGGAAUACGGUAAAAACUUAGGAUGUACGUUUGCCACACGAAGCUGUUACGAAUACAUGCUCACCCAAAAAUCGAGAGGACAAAGUUAUUAUCCUUACUGUGACAGACCAUCAAGUGUAAGUUGCAGAAGUGAGACUUCAUAUGGAAUGUGCAGUAUACAAAAGUAUGCUCAAGCACUACCCAUUGAAAAUCAGUAUUUUACAAAUCCGAGGACAUUUAAUGACCCGCAAGUUGGUAAUUAUGGUGGAGGUGCGAACUUCAUGGAUUAUUGUCCAAUGUUGACGAUAAUGGAUUCGUUUGAAAAUCUACCAGUAAUAUCUGAUUGUAGAAACGGACAAAACACAGUGACAAUGGGUAAGGGAAUGAAUGUUUACAUGCAAUCAUAUGGUGCCCAGUCAAUAUGCAUUGAGCAUUCUGGACAUAUGACUUACCAUACAUAUUUUAUGAGUCAUAAUCUGGGUGAAAGUGUUUCUGGCUCCUGCCACUCAUAUCACUGCUUAGGCAAUAACAGUAUAUCUAUUGACUUUGCUGGACAAACGGUGGUUUGUUCAAACGGUGAAGUUGUCAAACAAAUAGAUAUUACUAGACAGUCAAGUCGUUUAACUGGAACGAUCAAAUGUCCUCUUGUGCAACUUUUAUGCCCUACAAAUUGAUUUAUCAUAUUCAGUGAAUGGUACAGAAGACAAAGAAUUUCUUUCGGAAAACAAUUAUUUGUACA